GAAAAUAAAUAAAUAAGUGCCAGUAAAAACCAGGAAUUUCAGUAAUAGAUCUCGAUUAUCAAGUUCCCGCCAAGCGCCGCCGCCACCGCCAUGUCCGCCUACUACAGCCACUACACGGGCGACAAUUACGACGACGAGUCGAUCGGCGACGAGCGCAGCGAAGAAGACACGGACGACGCCAGCGAGACGGAGUUCCGCAGCCCCAGCCGCUACGGGAACACCAAUGGCACCGCCAACAGCAACAGCCUGGGCACCAACAGCGAACUAAAGGAGCAGAUGUACCAGCACAAGCUGCUCAAUCUGCAGAAGCAAAUGGAGGAGCUCAACCAACUGGUGCAUCCGGAGUACACGAAGCGCGUGAAGAAGCUGGACAACCAGCUGAAGGAGCGGCGGCGGCUCAACGAGAUCUACAAGGAGUACAUGCGCGAGUGCGUCGAAAGGGACUAUGUGCUGGAGAAGAAGGCCGCCCAGAAGGAGUAUGACGAGAAGAUGAUGGAUCUGAAGGACAAUCUGAUCUCGGAUUUUGAGGAUCGCAAGCGGCAGAUCGAAAACGAGCGGUUUAGCUUGGAGUUGACGAAUGAUUCCAUGGAAAUCAAGACGACGGUGACGCGGAAGUUGCGGCGAAGGCCCAACGAACCGCUGCCGGUGAUCGAGAAGCGGAGGAAACCGGCCACCGGGCAGCUGCUCGUCUACCAGCUGGACGACAAGGAGAUCGAGUCGGAUUUGAAGAUCAUCCAAAGGGGGAAACCCCUAGGACCGAAUGCCCUGCUGCAGCAGAAUGGCAUCGGCUCUUAUGGGGGUGGAUCUGGACAGCAGCAGCCACAACAGCUGCAGCAGAAUGUGCAUGGAAUGCUCUCGGAUCCGCCGCCCAACAGCGGCUACGUGGAGACCCGAAUCGAGGACAACAAGCUGCUGUACGAGCGCAGGUGGUUCUGCCGCGGCCAGCAGGUCUAUGUGGAGGGCAAGGAGAUGAGCAAGUUUGCGGCCACCAUCACGGCAAUUGGCAACGAAGUGGUCUGGGUGAAGCGGACGAACGAGUCGAAGGUCAAGAUCAACAUGUCCCAUUUGGCCAAGGGCAAAAUCUCCAUUAAGCGGCGAUAGCUCCGCCGUCGGGUCGGGCGAUUCCUCCACAUAACGCCCCACCCGCUGUCCCUAUUGCGUUCGAGAGACACACUUUCAUUACAUUAAACCCUAGGCUUAAGCACAAAAGUAGACAUAGACUAGCUGUACAUUUCACUUAACGAGUAUCCAAGAUUGUAUAUAAUAAAACCAACUUUAUUUUGUAAAAAA